AUGCUGUUCAGGACUCCCCCCACGGCGGCCUGUGGACCUUCUGAUCCCCCCCCUGUGUGUGUGCUCCUCUCAGUGGCCGUGGAGCGGCUGGUCAGCGAGCUGGGCCUCCUGCUGAAGAUGCUGGACACGGAGAAGGUCAGCCCCGCCACCGCCGACAAGAUGGUCUCGGUGAGGAGCAUUCUGGAGACGGUGCAGCCCACAGGGAAUGGGUCAGACCUCUACAUGAACAGCUGUCUCUAUGGAAACGGCACAAGCUUUGUCGAGUCCCUCUUUGAUGAUUUUGACUGUGAUUUGCACAUGCUCAGUGCGUCUCCUGUGGAGCAGAAAGAAGAGGAGAAAACUAUCCUCAUCAAAUCGAUACCCACGUCCACGCCCCCUCCACGGCUGACCACGCCCCCACCACGGCUGGUCACGCCCCCUCCACGGCUGGUCACGCCCCCUCCACGGCUGACCACACUACCUCCUCGGCCGGCCACGCCAGUUGCUGAUGACUACUAUGAAGAAGCUGUUCCCCCUGAACAGUACCUAGGCCCAGGGAUACACAGCUCUGGUUACUGUGUGGAGGACGCGUACUAUGAGGACGCUGACGAUAACUACCCCAGCACCAGGCUCAACGGACCCCCCAAGAACUCCUACAACGACUCUGACGCGGUCAGCAGCUCGUACGAGUCCUACGAGGAAGAGGACGAGGAGGCAAAGGGGCGGGACCAGGCCGGGACGUGGGCCGCCGAGGACCCCUCCAACGGGUCGGUCCGGGACUGCCGCAUCUGCGCCUUCUUGUUACGCAAGAAGCGCUUCGGCCAGUGGACCAAGCAGCUGGCCGUCGUCAGGGACAACAAGCUGCAGUGUUUCAAGAGCAUCAAGGACAGCACCCCGAACACGGAGCUCCCGCUGAACCUCUGCAACGUCAUCUACGUCCCCAAGGAGGGCCGCAAGAAGAGGCACGAGCUGCGCUUCUCCCUGCCUGGCGGCGAGGCCCUCGUGCUGGCCGUGCAGAGCAAGGAGCAGGCCCAGCGCUGGCUCAAGGUGGUCCAGGACGCCAGCAGCGUGAACAGCAACACCGAGUCCCAUGAAGGAGCCCCGUCCCCCAUCAUCCAGAGGAAGAUGGAGCUUGAUAAGAUGCGAGUGACGGACAAAGGGGCCUCCGACUCGGAUAGCGGGCCCCCAGGGGACCCCCUGGCCCCCGGGAGGGACGGCGACACGCUAAGCCGGGGAAAACGGGGACCACUGUCUGAGCUCACGGGAUCCAUGAAGAAAAUCAACCGCAUCAUCAGCUUCUCCAAACGGAAGCCCCCCUUGCCAGGAGACCCACCCUCCUCGUCUGAUAACCAAGACAACACUUGCACCGGCUAUCUGAGCGUGUGUCUGGGCGGAGCCUGGAAGGAGCGCUGGUGUGUUCUGCGUGGGGGGACCCUGUACCUGCAGCGGGACCCGGGGGACACCCGCCCCCCCGUCAUCGCGGUGCCUCUUGUGGGGGCCGAGGUGGUCCCCGGGGGCCUGGGGCCCAAGCACCCCUUCUCCUUCCGUGUGCUGCAGGCCGGCAAGGAGCUGCUGGCACUGGAGGCUAGCUGCUGGGAGGAUCUGGGGCGCUGGCUGGGUGUAUUGCUGGCGAGGACGGGCUGCAGCACCCUGCCAGAGGAGCUGCACUACGACUACAUAGACGUGGAGACGCUCAGCGACAUCCAACACGCUGCCAGGAACUCCUUCCAGUGGGCUAAAACAGGCACAAUUUCCUCUAGCAGCAAUUCAGUCGACUCCAGAAUGUAUGACGAGGUCUACGAAAGUAUUCUGGAUGGGGCAGUGGAGGCCAAACCAGGCCAGGUGAGACGCCACGCCUCCUUCUCCAGCAGAGGCUCUGAUAGGACGGAACAGCAGGCGGCCGUGAAGAGACACGCCUCCAACGUGAACCAGUACGGUCGUUACGGGAAGACACGGGCGGAGGAGGACGCCAGGCGGUACCUGAGGCAGAAGGAGGAGCUGGAGGAGGAGAAGGAGCGGCUGAAGCGCACCCUGCUGUCCGUCCGCCAGGAGAGGAGGGAGGCGAAGGAGCGGCUGAAGAGCGGAGCAAACCUCCGGGGGGAGCAGCGCCUGGCCCAGCUGGAGGUGGUCUGUAAAGAGAGAGAAGAAGAGAGGGUGGAGCUAGAGCUCAGACUGACGGAGGUGAAGGAGAACCUGAAGAAGUCAUUGGCUGGCGGGGCACUAGGCCCGCCCACUGACAGCAGGAACAGCAUCAAGGCCCAGGGCAGGAAGGUAGAGAAGGUCUACACUGAGAGCGUUCCCGUCAACUCAGCCUCCGAGCUCCGCAAGCGGCCCCCGUCCUGCUAUGCCACGUCCGGCCGCGGCACCGUCAUGCAGAAGGCCAAGGCGUGGGAGUCCAAGCAAGUGGUCUGAGCUGGCCGACAGACAGACGGACAGGUCGGGUGGAACAUGGGACGGACGGACGGAAGGACUUUAACAAGCACAGCACAGAGUCGGAGCUGAUUGGUGGCCUCAUGAGGUAGACAGCAGUGCGAUGAGGCCGGAAGCUUCAGGAAUCAGAGGAGGAGGAGGAGGAGGAGGAGGAGGAGUACGUGUUGAACUCUCACCUCCUCCCACGCAGCCGGUCAGACCGGUAGUGUGUUGAUCAACUGUCAAGGAAAGAGCGAGUUACAGCCUGCCAAUAGAAAAACAUCACACCGGAUACUUCCACAGUGGAGCCGUGCUUCUGUUUACUGAGUUAGAAGAGGGGCCCCCCACUGUGAAGACCCUCGGUGAGACAGAGAUCGAUCGCCUCAUCAGUGGAAUUCUCCCGCUGUUGAGUAUCAUCUUGGUGCUCCUCUCCAACAAUACCAAAACAGUAUCUAUUCAUUUCUAUCAUUUCUUUGUUCUUUAAUCUGAACUCUGUGUGUGUGUUUGUGCACACAAGCACACGUUGUGUGCUUGUGAUUGUGUUUAUCUUCGGUCGCUGUGCAGGACUUCAUGGGACUGGGAAAGGGAUUUAGCAUCUGUUAAAUUAACCUUGCAAUCCCAACUAUGUUAUUUAACAUUUUUGAAUGUACAUGUUAGUGUACAGUCUUUGCCAACUGUUGAUUUUGUAGACUGUAGAUAACUAUUUGAUUCUUUAAAAAAGGCUUUCCCUCCUAGUCCUUAUGUCCAGACACUACUAGAGAGGUUUUUAUAUAUCAGGACUACCUUAAGUUAAUUAAAGAUAUAUUGCACGUCCUGUGAUGUGAAUUUACUGUAAACAAUUAGAAAUGCUUUAAGAAUAUGACGACGUUUCUGAAACAUGAGAGUGACGUAUAUCUGGAUUCUUGCAAUGUGAAAAAACGUUACUAAAACUUUUGUAUCGCUGUUAUCUACCUAAUCUACAGUGUUUUCCUCAUGUUUGACCCUUGCACUUUAUUGUGUUGUAUUGUGUUUUCUGUAGCCUAUCCAUAAAUAUUUUUUAAAAUUAAAAA